AUGGAGUUGUUCCAUUUGUUGAUCGCCCUUGUGGUGAUCACACUUGGCCUCACAGAUAUAGGCCAAGUCCUUGACAUCGACUACCCAAUUGUCACUUCUCUCAUCCCCAUCUCCGGUUUCUUCAUCACGGCCAAUGUUCUCUGUCGCAAAACCAACAAAUGCACCCCACCGUCUGACUACGUCAAGUCUCACUUUCCCGGUCUCUAUGGUCAACAGGGCUUCAACAACUCCGACAGCUUCGAUGUGGCCAACAACUUCGACGCGGUCACGAUUGCAAUCGAGGACGAACAGACGCGAGAGAGGCGACUCAAGGAAGUGAGCGAUGAGGCUGAACGACUCCAAGAUGAAGCCUACCGUGCUCAUAUCACCAGGAGGACCACUCCCAAAGAGGAGGAAGGCAAAUGGGACCCCGAGACCCAUACAUGCGAAUCUCUCAUGCCUCAAAAAUGCAAGGAUGACCCGAUUUGCGAUUUCCUGAGACACCUCUUCGACCUGCCUAAAUAUGGACCCUGGGUCACAAAGUACAAGCCCUGCGACCAAUGCGACAAAAAGAGCUUGCUCUGUUGGUAUACCAGAAGGUGGCACGGCUUUGAACCGUCCUGGAACCAAUGGCUCGCCACAACCUUGUGCGCCAUCCACCUUGCCCUCUGGAUCGCCUUUUUGGUCAUUUUCUUCCACAGAGUCUACGCCGGCAUGGUUGUCUGGUACAGCCUCAAUGUCCGGAAAGAAGAAACGGUUUACACUGCAUAUCUUGGUCCAUUCAUCCAGAGCACACCCAACACCCCCUUCAGGGUUCGCGAGCACAUGCGCCGUCAAGACAUGCCACCCAUGGCCCCCAUCCGGCAAGCUCGACUGUCCCCCUUGUACUUCAUCACCGAAUGGCUCGUCCCGAAAGUCUUGGACUUUAUUGUCAACUGCAUCAUCUUCACUCCGCCUGGCUUCUACACCGGCUUCUCUCAAGGCCUCGAGGUUUCAGGAAUCAUGAGAGGCGGCAUUCACCACGACCCUCCGGAGUACAUUCAUCCUUGGUUCACCCUCGGCCACGCUUUCGGCUGUUGGUAUGGUUUCUGGAUUGGCAUGAUCUUCAACUUCCUCGACUUUCAGAUUCGCUCGCAUGAGGUUGCCGUCUGUGCCCAGCUUGGCAUGCAAAUGUGGAUUCCUGGACUAGCUUUGGCCAUGGUCGCUGCUGUCUGGACGAUUGACAACGAUGCGCCGGUCUUCGUGAACGCCUUCAUCAUGGACGCCAUUGAAAUGUGCGAAGGUUCAUGGCAGGGCGACAGAACCAUGCUCGUCGACAAGGUGCCAGCCAUCCUGAGCUACCUCGGAAACAUUCUCGCCGACUUUGUCUUGUCAAGCUUGCACCUCAUCACGAAGAUCUUUAGCUUCAUCUUCUUCCGCAAGGAAAGCCUUCGCACCGCCAUCCUCGUCCGUAUCAACACUCCUGAGGCUUUGGCUUACAUCAUGGGCCCUUGCGACCUCUGCUAUAAGAAUAAAUAUCUCUGCAGCUAUCACGUCGAAAUCAACGACCUCCCCGAGGAGUACGAAUGCCCUGAUUACAACCCCAGGCGCUCCCGUUACGCUAUGAGGAGACUUUACGGCGACCACUUGACUUGGGAGGAGUACUUCCAAAAGCUUGCCGCCAGUUUCAAGUACCCCGGUAGCGAGGACACCGGUUGCGAGGAAACUGGUAUCUAG